AUGGUUUAAUCAGUAGCAGCUUCACAAACCUCAGGUUAACUUGUCGUUUUUAUUUUCUUCAUUUUAUUUUAAAAAUAUAUUGAAGAAGAAAAUAACAUGAAAGAAUGAAUUUCUAUUCUUCUCUGAUCGCACAAUGCGCACACACGAAAUCCUUAACUGCCCUCAGAGCAGUUCACGCCAACGUCAUCAAAUCCGGUUUCUCGUACUCGUUGUUGGGACACAAGCUCAUUGAUGUCUACAUCAAAUGUUGUAGCCUUGCUGAAGCACGCAACUUGUUCGACGAAUUGCCCAACAGACACAUAGUUACUUGGAAUUCGAUGAUAUCUUCUCAUGUCAGCCAUGGGAAGAGCAAAGAAGCCGUUGAGUUCUAUGGCAACAUGCUUGUGGAGGGUGUUUUACCUGAUGCUUACACCUUCUCAGCUAUCUUUAAGGCUUUUUCAGAGUUGGAUCUUCUAUGCUAUGGCCAGAAGGCUCAUGGGUUGGCUGUGAUUUUGGGUUUGGAGGUGUUGGAUGGGUUUGUUGCGAGUGCCCUUGUUGAUAUGUAUGCCAAGUUUGAUAAAAUGAAGGAUGCCCAUUUGGUGUUUGAUCGUGUUUUGGAGAAAGAUGUUGUCUUGUUCACUGCAUUGAUUGUGGGCUAUGCUCAACAUGGUCUUGAUAGGGAAGCUUUAGGGGUUUUUGAGGAUAUGGUCAAUAGGGGAGUCAAGCCUAAUGAGUAUACUCUUGCUAGUGUCUUGAUUAGUUGUGGUAAUCUAGGGGGUUUGGUUAAUGGUCAGUUGAUUCAUGGUCUUGUUGUUAAGUCUGGUUUGGAAUCUGUUGUUGCUUCACAGACUUCACUUCUUACCAUGUAUUCAAGAUGCAGUAUGGUUGAAGAUUCUAUAAGGGUGUUUAAUCAGCUUGAUUAUGCAAGCCAGGUGACUUGGACAUCUUUUGUUGUGGGUCUUGUGCAAAAUGGGAGAGAGGAGGUUGCCGUGUCAAUAUUCAGGGAAAUGAUUCGCUGUUCAAUAAGUCCAAAUCCUUUCACAUUGUCCAGUAUUCUUCAUGCAUGUUCAAGCCUUGCAAUGCUUGAAGUAGGGGAACAAAUCCAUUCCAUAAUCAAGAAACUAGGAUUAAAUGGAAAUAAGUAUGCUGGUGCAGCACUGAUUAAUUUGUAUGGAAAAUGUGGAAAUAUAGGCAAGGCAAGGUCUGUUUUUGAUGAGUUAAGUGAGUUAGAUGUAGUAUCCAUCAAUUCAAUGAUCUAUGCUUAUGCCCAAAAUGGUUUUGGGCAUGGGGCACUUCAGCUGUUUGAAAGAAUGAAAAAACUGGGAUUUGCGCCAAAUAGUGUGACAUUUAUCAGCAUUCUCUUGGCAUGCAACAAUGCAGGGUUAGUUGAAGAAGGCUGUCAAAUAUUUGCCUCCAUUAGGAAUAAUCACAAUAUUGGAUUGACAAGAGACCAUUUUGCUUGUAUGAUUGAUUUGCUAGGAAGAGCAAGGAGACUUGAAGAGGCUGCAAUGUUGAUAGAGGAAGUGAGAAAUCCGGAUGUGGUACUAUGGAGGAUACUUCUAAACGCAUGUAAGAUUCAUGGAGAGGUAGAAAUGGCAGAGAAAAUUAUGAGAAAAAUCCUUGAGCUUGCUCCUGGGGAUGGGGGAACUCAUAUCCUCUUGACAAAUCUUUAUGCUUCAGCUGGCAAAUGGAGUCAGGUGAUUGAGAUGAAAAGCACAAUAAGAGAUCUGAAACUGAAGAAAAGUCCUGCAAUGAGUUGGGUUGAUGUUGAUAGAGAGGUGCAUACUUUUAUGGCAGGAGAUUUAUCUCACCCAAGAGCUCAUGAGAUUUUGGAAAUGUUGCUUGGAUUAAUAGAGAAGGUUAAAACUUUGGGUUAUAAUCCUGAUACCAGGUUUGUGUUGCAGGAUUUGGAUGAAGAGAAGAAGAUGAGUUCUUUACAUUAUCACAGUGAAAAAUUGGCUAUAGCUUUUGCUUUAUGGAAGACUAUUGAGAUGCAAAGAGAUUCCAUCAUUUCAAAGGAGGGCUAUGUUCCUGUAAAGAUUAUUGGUAAAUCACAUUUGUUAUCUUCUAUUCUUAGCCCCUCUAGAUGUGCCACUCAGACACAUGUCUGUCUUAACUAGUCCGUGAAGCAAGACAUAUGAGUAAAUCAGUAAUGAUGGGAAUUGACCCUUCUUGAAUCUGAUUAGCUGGUAUUUAUCGUUAAUUAAGAUUCCAGCAUGCAAUAGAACGUGUUGUAACUGUUUGGGCUACCAAUAUGUGGAACCUUGUCAUUAAAUGAUGUUAUUGGUGAGUACAAUUAAUCAUUCAUGAAUAUUCAGCAUGAAUUGAAU